AUGUUCCCAAACUCCUCAAUUUUGGGUCGCCCUCCCUUCACUCCAAACCAUCAACAACAUAAUAACGUCUUUGCCCUGUCACCAACUCUUUAUUCACACCAGCAGCUUAUAGAUGCACAGUUCAACUUUCAGAAUGCAGACCUGUCUAGAGCUGUGUCAUUACAGCAGUUGACAUACGGAAGUGUCAGUCCAAUACAGACUUCAACCUCCCCUUUAUUCCGAGGAAGGAAGAGAUUAAGUGAUGAGAAAAAUCUUCCUCUUGAUGGUAAACGGCAGCGUUUCCAUUCACCCCACCAAGAGCCAACCGUAGUUAACCAAAUAGUGCCUUUAUCGGGUGAAAGAAGAUACUCAAUGCCGCCAUUGUUCCAUGCACACUAUGUACCAGAUAUAGUCAGAUGUGUUCCACCUUUUCAAGAAAUAUCAUUUUUAGAACCUAGAGAAAUCACACUGCCAGAGGCCAAAGAUAAGUUGAGUCAGCAGGUACUGGAGUUAUUUGAAGCAUGUCAGCAGCAAAUAAGUGAUUUAAAGAAGAAAGAACUUUGUCGGACACUGCUGCAGAGAGAAAUUCAGCUUUUAUUUCCACAAAGCAGACUUUUUUUGGUUGGGUCCUCUUUGAAUGGAUUUGGUACUCGGAGCAGUGAUGGUGAUUUAUGUCUAGUUGUUAAAGAGGAACCAUGUUUUUUUCAGGUAAAUCAGAAGACUGAAGCACGGCAUAUACUCACCUUAGUCCAUAAGCACUUCUGUACUAGACUUUGUAAGUCUGACAUGCCUCGAGCUCAUGUGUCAUCUGACGAUAGUUCUGUGGAGUUCGACUUGAAUGUAAACAAUAUUGUUGGAAUAAGAAACACAUUCCUUCUCAGAGCUUAUGCAUACCUUGAAAAUCGAGUUCGUCCGUUAGUACUGGUGAUUAAGAAAUGGGCGAGUCACCAUGAGAUAAAUGAUGCCAGUCGUGGUACUUUAAGCAGCUAUAGUCUUGUUUUGAUGGUUUUACACUAUUUGCAAACCCUACCUGAACCCAUCCUUCCAUCCCUCCAAAAAAUUUACCCAGAGUCUUUUAGUCCUGCUAUACAGCUGCACCUUGUACAUCAAGCUCCAUGUAAUGUUCCUCCUUACCUCUCAAAGAAUGAAUCAAAUCUUGGGGACCUCUUACUGGGCUUUCUUAAAUAUUAUGCUACAGAAUUUGAUUGGGACAGUCAGAUGAUUUCAGUUCAUGAAGCCAAAGCCAUUCCGAGACCUCUUGGUAUUGAAUGGAGAAAUAAAUACAUCUGUAUAGAAGAACCUUUUGAUGGAACAAACACAGCUAGAGCUGUGCAUGAAAAGCAGAAGUUUGAUAUGAUCAAGGAUCAAUUUUUAAAGUCAUGGCACAGAUUGAAAAACAAGAGAGAUUUGAAUAGCAUACUACCUUUAAGAGCUGCUAUCCUGAAAAGAUAA